GAAUAAAAAUAAAAAAGGAAAAAAGGGACCUACAGCAGCUUGUGGAAAGCGUUCACAGCAACCAGCAUCGGGCUUAUCCGCAAAUAGUAUUAAGAUUGUUGACCUCCCACUCACAAAGAUGGAUAUCUUACAGCAUAAGCUUGCAGACUUCCUGGACUCCAACCAAGUGGAGUUCCAGCUGGACUGCUUGACCGAGGAACUGCGCAGCCACAUUGCCGGCUGUGCCCAGGCUUUGGGACUGAACUACAUCAGCCAUGGGCCAGCUCACAGCCGAGUUCUUUGCAUCAGUCGGGCUCCGGGCUCGUGUCUACACCUUCGCCUCGACGCCCCCGUGCUGAUGGUUAGCUCUAGAGUAACCCGAAUCCUAUCAUCGUCAGUGGCCAAAAUUGAGCGUGCGAUGUGUUUGGCGGCAAUCAGAGGAAAUGGUCCGCAGGCAAAGCAAGACGGGGACCGAGAAAGCUUCGGAUUAGUGGGCCUCCGAAAAAUACCCCCACACCCGGCAUACACAAACAAUCCGAUGAUUCAAGAACGCAUGAAUCUACCUAUUUAUGGCUACCGCUCAAUAAUUCAGGACACUCUGCAGCGUUUCCAGGUUCUCAUUAUCAAGGGUGCCACCGGCUCCGGCAAGUCAACGCAGGUGCCACAAUAUGUGCUUGAGUCGGCUGCAUACCAUAACUACCCCGUGCGUGUCGUGGUGAGCCAGCCGCGUCGUAUCGCGGCCAUCAGCGUCUCGGAGAGAAUCUCGAGGGAGCGGGGCGAGAUGCCAGGCAUCAUAGUUGGCUAUCAGAUCCGCAUGAACAGCAAUUGCACCAGCCACACUGUUCUCACGCUGACCACCAGCGGCUGCCUGUUGCGGGCCCUGACCAUGGAUACCCAGGCCUUCUUUCAGAGCGUCACACACUUGAUUAUCGAUGAGGUGCACGAGCGUGACCUGGACACGGACUUUCUGCUGCUAGUCAUCAAGCUGGAGCUCAGACGAAAUCCCUAUCUUAGGGUGAUUCUAAUGUCGGCCACCAUGGACCUAAAUGCGUUGUCCGCAUACUUUGGCAAUGUGCCCGUCCUGGAUGUAGAGGGACGCAGCUUCGGAGUGCGCAUCUUUCAGAUGGAGCACAUUCUCCGCGAGACUGGCUACAUGACCGAAGGCAUGAAAGACGUAUUGGGCAACAAGGUUGAUACCGCGACAGAGCACGAACUGCUGCAUGCCUACAGCCUCACGCGACACAUGGAGAGUGAAAUUGACAACGACCUGAUUCUCUCCUUGCUGGAACUCCUUGUGAAUACGGGCGUGAGGGGAGCGGUAAUUGUGUACCUUCCCGGCUACAAUGAUAUGACCACGUUGAUGGAGUGCCUGUGCUACUCACUUCCGAUGGACAAAGUACAAGUACUUCUGUUGCACAGCCAGGUGGAGAGCCAUGAGCAGAAUAAGAUAUUCCGUCAUUACCCGAAUAUCCAGCUGACGAUCAUUCUGAGCACCAACAUCGGCCAGACGUCCAUCACCAUACCGGAGCUGGUCUAUGUUAUCGAUUUGGGUAAAUCCAAGAUGAAGAUCUAUGACGCCAAAACGAACGCUUCGCAGCUGACCACAGUGCCGAUCUCCCAGGCGGAUGCCCAGCAGAGAGCUGGCCGAGCUGGUCGAACCCGCGAAGGCAUCUGCUAUCGUCUGUACUCUUGCGACACAUUCGCCAAGAUGAGCUGGUAUCCUAUUCCGGAGAUACAGCGGCGCACGCUGGACGAGAUCUGUCUGCUGGCCAAGAUUGCUGCUCCUGAGCAGUCCAUACCAAUGUUUCUGUCGCAGGCCCUGGAUGCACCGCAGCCGGAGGCCGUCAAUCAGGCCUGUUCGCGGCUCAAGUUGUUGGGCGUGCUGCACGACGGGGACGAGUCGAUCACCAUGCUUGGCCGGAUCAUUGCGGAGCUGCCAUUGAGCGUGCAGAUGGCUAAGUGCGUGGUAUACGCGGCAUACUAUCGCUGUCUGGGCAGCAUGAUCAUCAUUGCUGCCUACCACUCCAUCCGUGAUCCCUUCUUUCUGCCCGUUGAUCGAAGGAGGAGCUAUCAAACGCAAGAGGCGCGCCUCAAAUUCACCGAGGGCAUCAACAGCGAUUUGAUCGGAAUGAUAAGUCUCUUCCAGCAAUACACGGAAGCUUCCCGAAACAGCCCCAGGGACGUGACCCAGUUCUGUGAGCGCAACUAUCUUUGUUCCAAAUCCAUGGCCAUGUUUUUUUCGGCCGUGCUAACGCUUCGGGACUCUGUUACCAGAAUUUUUAAGCUAAAUCAGACCACCAGGCGCCAAGCCAGCGCCAAUGACAGAAACAACAACAUGCUUCGGCUGGCCCUCACAGCUGGACUCUACCCCAAUCUGGCCUAUUAUGACCACAACAAGAACGAGCUUGUGUCCGAGUGCGAUCCCAACGUACUUGUCUCCCGCACCUCCUGCUUGCUGGGCAAAAAGAAGACGAGGACCCUGGCCAGCGAGUGGGUACUGUACGUGGAGAAGUCACGUGUCUCCGACUCCAAAUCGUCGCUGGAGCAAACCAGCUUGGUCAGCACCCUUCAUGUGGCCAUCGCCGGUGGAAAGGUGCUCAAGAUGGCACAGAGACCAAGCAGCAGCCUCGGCUUGCUGGACACCGCCCCCAAGGGGCAACUUUGUAUUGACCACUGGGUACGCAUCUCUAUGCACCCGAUGUUUGGAGAGCAACUGAUCAAUCUGCGCAUGCUAAUGAAGCGCGAGCUGGACAAAAUGUUGAUGAUGCGUCGUGUGGAUCUAUAUGUUGGCCCAGACAUAGCCCUUUCUUUGUUGAGUGUCGAUGAGGGCACCAUGGCCCUCAACUAAGUCACGUAUGUUUAGUUUCUGUGAUAUUUUUUUUUCGAUUAAGACUGACUCGUUCUAUUAUUUGUACACUUAAUUGCAAAACUAUCGUUCAUUUUGUCUGCAAUUUCACGUCCCACACACAUUUGAUUUGAUAACAUUCUGCAUUGCAUGAAUAUCUAAAUAUGUUAGUAUCUUCUUGUUUGUCCCAAAAAGAGUCAAAGAGACCUUAAUUAUUAAUUCAGUUACAUCAGUAAUAAAUCAUUUUUUUUUCGAUUAUACACAUUACGAGAUGACUGUGCUCUCUCAAAAAACGUCCGAUUUAAAUUACGGAAUUGAUUUAAUCAAUUUCCAAGUACAUAUAACAUAAUUAUACAUGUAGUAGAACAUUUUCGCUUCAAUAAUUGAAGCUGAGGCUAUUUUAAACUCCAAAUGUACACCAAGUAAACAAGCAGACAUUGAAGCAUUCCAACAACUGUCUUUCCCGAAAAGAACUCUUUAAAUUGUUGUAACGUAACUGAAAAAAAAACUGGAUAAACAGGGACACAAUCUUGUGAAAUAUCUGUGAGUUUAUUAAUGUAUUAUUGAAUUGA